AUGGAUAUGGAUUUGAAUGGUAGACACCCAUAUGAUGUUGAAUUCGAUUUAAAUGUGGUUUUGGGUAUGGACGAAAGCGAUACUGAUGACCGAGCACGUUCACAUGAACAUCGUAACGAUGAAAUGGAUGAUGAAUGUGGUAAAGCUCCCUUCGGUGCAGAUGCUUUGGAUGCUUGGGGUAUGGACGAAAGCGAUAAUUAUGACAGAGAACCUUCACCUAGACAUCUUAGUGAUGAAAUGGAUAACGAAUUUGGUAGAGCUCCAUCUGGUCCAGGUGAGAAGAGUACUGAAUGUGUUAAUGACGAAAGUGUUCCAGAUUUGAGAACAGAUGAAGACUUAGUUGGAGAAUUAAGAACCAAAUUUUGUGUCGGUACCAUACUAGUAGACGAAGUGUGGAAAAUUCAUGUUUUGUACUGUCAUUACGCUCAUCUUACGGGAUUUAGCGUUCGAAAGGGCGAGCAAAGGUAUUUUGGUAAGGAUGGUCCGAUUCAGUUCAAGGAAUUCUUGUGUUCUUGUAGCGGAUUGACUGACCCAAGUAGGUUGAGUUCGAGGGGGCCUGUAUACAAGAAAAUGAUUACUAGGACUGAUUGUCCAGCUAAGUUAAUUGUUCAAAGGUAUGAUUUAGGUCCAUUUAGCGUAUUGGAUUUUCAAUCCGAGCACAAUCAUGAAUUGGUACCAAAGGAUCAGGCUUACUUACUUAGAUCAAAUCGUAUGUUGACCUAUGGCCACAAGGCCCUGCUUGAAGCUAUGCAAUCUGCCGGUAUCGCUGUUAGUAUUGCCUGCAAAUUUAUGGAAAAUGAAAGCGGAGGGGUAGGGAACGUGGGUUUCACGAGGAAGGAUGCUUAUCAUCACAUGGAGCGUUUGAAGAGGGCAACCAAAGUUGCUAAUGGUGAUUCUAUUGAGUUGCAAAAAUAUUUCACUACCAAAAGUAAUGAGGAACCAUAUUUUUACUGGAAAUACGAGCUCGAUGAUGACGGAAGAUUGAUGAAUUUUUUCUUCCGUGAUUCACGCAGUCUUGUGGAUUAUGAGGCUUUUGGUGAUGUGUUAUCCGUUGAUACCACAUACCGCACCAACCGUUAUAAUUUGGUUUGCACGCCCUUUGUUGGCAUAAACCACCAUCGGCGCAAUGUUCUUUUUGGAAUGGCUUUUAUGUCUGAUGAGACAACUUCAUCUUUCCAGUGGUUGUUUGAGACAUUUUUGGAGUCCAUGAAUGGCAAAGAACCUACGGUGAUAUUCACAGAUCAGUGUCAGGCGAUGAUGAAAGCUAUUGACGCAACUUUCAAAAGUGCGAGGCAUCGUUUGUGUCAAUGGCACAUAAACCAGAAUGCUCCUUCACAUUUCGGUUCAUUAAAUGGGAAUGUGGAUUUUAAACGCUUGUGGUAUAAAUGCAUGAAUCGUGUAGAUACUGAGAUGGAGUUUGAGGAAACCUGGAACGAGAUGAUUGAAACGUAUGACUUACAGAAUCACAGCUGGUUUUCUGGUAUUUAUAGGCUUCGUCGAAGGUGGGCGGCUGUUUUCUCGCGAGGUAUUUUCACUGCCGGACUGUUGGCAACUUCAAGAAGUGAGUCGACGAAUAGGGUGAUAAAAGAGGUGAGUCGGGCCAGUAUUUCCUUAUUUGAGUUUGUUAAGGAGUACGAAGCUAUUCAAACAAGAUGGCGAGUUAAAGAACGGGAGGAAGACACGCAUUGUUUAUUUCUACCUGGCCAAUUUGUAGAAGGCAACGAGCUAGCGAAACAGAUCGCCAGUGUGUACACGCGUACUGUAUACAAAAUAUUCGAAGGCGAGGUCACGCAUUCUUUCAAUGUUAUUCUGAAUGAACACCCUGAUGAGGUUGGGUCGAUGUUGGAGUAUUCUGCUACCUCAACAGUGCCUGAGUCGCGUGUUAGGAAGAUUACGUUUGAUCCGCAAAAUAACCAUGCUUUCUGCACUUGUGGUAUGUGGGAAGAUCAAGGAAUAUUGUGCCGACAUAUUCUAAAGGUGUACUAUGUGAAGAAUAUAGUUCAGAUUCCGGAACAUUUCAUUUUAAUGAGAUGGUCUAAAUCGGCGAAGCAACGUACAUCUUUACCUGCCAAUGUGGGCGUUGAUGGUGGUAUAAUGGAGUACAUGCUCUUUGUGAACCAAUGUAUGCGACAAGUGUAUGAUAUAGCUUCUUUCACAAAGGAUUGUGAUGCCGCUCGAGCAUUGAUCAUAGAGCAACUACGGACAUUAAGACUGGUAGUCUCGGCACAACUUGAGAAUGAAAAUGACAUUGCUGGGGCCAAGACAAAGAAGCGUAACAAUUCGAGUCAAUUCCGAGAUCCGAAGAAAAUCAGACAACGAUAUACUCGAAAAACAGGUAACCACUUCGAAGCAGCACAGCGUGCCCGCAGGAGGACCACCCCGCGGCGUAAUGGUGUUUCGAAGAAGAAAUCUGGUGAAGCAACUCAAGAAUCCGUGGCCAAGAAGACAAUAAAUUUCUUCUCCCAGGACACCUGUGGAAGUUUGAACGAGGAUUUAGUUACACGGCUUAUAUAA